ACGUUUGGCGAGAUCCUCAUCCCCUCCCUGGUCAACCUCACCCUGGCCAACUCCGCCCAGGCCGGCGACCCAGGCGCCAGCCCCAACGGCGGCCUGUCCUUCAUUGACUGCGUGGCAUGGACCAAUGACCUCCGCGCAGCCAUUGACACAUUCGGCUGGAGGCCGCCUGUGAAGUACGAGGUGGCUCCCAUCACCGACAUCUUCGGAUUCCCCGAGAUCUGGCCAGCGGAGUACCGCCGGCUGCUGGUGGGCGCCAGGACGCAGCUGCACAAGUACAUCACAACCUGCGGCUACAACGAGCAGUUUGACAACUGGGCGCUCAAGCUGGCGGCCAACGCCUCGUACACCAACUGCCCCACCGUGGACGCCCGCUGCGUCAAGGGCACCUACCGGACCCGCUCCGGCGGCUGCAACUCCUGCUACGGGGAGGGUAUAUGGGUGCCAGCCGCUAGCAGGGCAGCCCGAGGCGUACGGGGAGCAGAACCUGUACUACCAAGGGAGGUAUUACGGCCAGAACGGCAAGGACAAAGCAGUGGCGUUCUGCCCCCCCGGCCUGGUCAUUAGCAAGAUCAUCAACCCUCGCUACGGCGGCUACUUUGGCGGCAGCUGCAACGCCUCAGACUCGGCUCGGAUGAGCGCCUACAGGCGAGGCGCCCUGCUGGCUCAUGCUUGCUGCUCGCAAGCCUGCCGUCAUGCCCGAACCGCGUGUGCGUGCCGCCGCGCACUGGCUGGCCACGCAUGGAGGUGUAUCGGCUCUGUAUCGGCCAAAGCCUCUGCACCCGUGCCAGUGAACAACGAAGUCUUCUACAACCCAUGUCCCGGUGUGCUCAAGAAGCUGACCUUCAGUUGGGAGUGCGAUUACCCCGGCUUUGCGGCGGCGCCCACAGGCGGCCAGGUUGCACGGGCAUCCUGCGGCAGCUGCCUGCGCGUCGGGAACAUCAUCAAGCCUGUCUACGGCAAGCUAGACCACAACCCUAGCUGCAACUCCUCACAGAGCUACUCCGCCAUCAACACGGUGUGCGACACCGCGGGGCGCAGCAAGGGGACUUGCGAUGUCUCAAACAGUCCGAGCACGUUUGGCGGGGAUCCAUGCAACAACGUCGCUAAAUACGUGCAUUACAACUACGCCUGCGUCUUCCCGCCUGUCAGCAGCGAGAGGGCUGCAGAGGUGCUGGAGAAUCAGAACUUGUCCCUGCAGUGCGGGUGCCAGCGGGUGCGCGAGAUCUGGGAGGCCAGGUGGCAGAAGAACGGCGCCGGCAAGGACGGGUGCGGCGUGCGGGAUGUCAACAGCGUGUUCACUAGCCUCUGCCUCGAUCGCUACGGCACCGCCUGCACCCUCAACGCCACCAACGCCAACCUGGGGGGAGACCCGUGCGUUGGCGAGCAGAAGAAGCUGUCUGUCAAGUACAGAUGCAUUUAGCCCGUCGCUGACCGAGAGCUUCCGUGUGUGUCGCCUUCCAGUCUCCUCCUUGUGUUCCGCUGAUUGUUUUGCCCCUGCUACUAUGCUUUCUGCACGCUUCAGAGUCUCUCUUUCUGUUCUGCACCCCUCACAAUAUCCCUCAGCAUGACGCAUGUCAAGCACUUAGAUGC